AUGGAUUAUAGCUUCACGGAGGAUUUCGCGGACGAGCACGAGCACGAGCACGAGGAUGAGGAUGAGUACGGCUUCUUCCCCGACGAUGACGACGACGAUGACUCUACGAUUGAGGAGUUGUCACCCCGUGUCCGCAUUUCCAGUCCUCCCCGAGUCGGCACCGGGCGCGUCCUUCCCGCCAGAUUCCGCCCGGCCAUCGGCCAUCGCGCCUCGCCAGCGGUCUGCCGGUUUAUCAACACCGCCAACCCGACACAAUUCCUUAUAUACACGGACGGCGCGUGCUUAGACAACGGCGGGCCGAAUUCCCGAGCUGGCUGGAGUUUCGUUUUCAAGCCCUGUACGGAAAACCGCCCGGGAUACGUGCGCCAGCCCCUGGAAAAUAAAGGGCCUAGUGGCGAGGCGCACGGCCAAACAAGCAACCGGGCAGAACUGCGCGCUGUUAUUGCCGCUUUGGGAUUUUGGGCUUGGCCCGGUGAAGGGUGCAAUAGUCUGGUGAUUGCGACGGACUCCGAAUAUGUCGUAGAGGGGGUGACCUCCUGGGUUCGUGGAUGGGUACGCAGGGGCUGGAUGACAAGAAUGGGGGCAGCGGUGAAGAAUCGGGACCUCUGGGAGCGUCUGCUUGGUGAAAUUGAACGAUGGCCUGAGCACGGUUUGGAUAUUGCAUUCUGGCGUAUCCCAAGAGAGUGGAAUACGGAUGCCGACUAUCAUGCAAGGCACGCGGCUUCUCAGGAUAGAGCAGACGCCUUCCAGGAGGUCCGCGGUGUGCUUGUGUGA